AUGGAGGUCCACCCCGGCCAGCUCACUUCCACCCCAGGGGGCUUCGAGCAACUGAAGUCACGCCCCGAUUUGACCUUUAACCCUGCAGGUCGACCCACCGGUACUAACGUCUCCAGUGCUGUACAGCAACAGGAUUAUCUCGCAAGUGUGUGGCUCAGCAAAAAGUAAAGACUCGAGAAUUCUCAGCAGAAAUGCAUUGUGAUCUUUGCUCUGGUGUGCUGCUUUGCUGUCCUGGUGGCUCUGAUAUUUUCGGCCGUGGACAUCCUGGGAGAAGAUGAAGAUGGCAUUACGGAGGAAAACUGCAGCAAAACCUGCCAGGUAGUGCUGGUGGAAAAUAUUCCAGAAGACAUUUCCAUUUCCCAUGAGGGUACCGUGCCACUGACUGAUGGAUUCAACAUGCUUCUGGACCAAGCUCAGAGAUCAGUGGAGAUUGUAUCACCAUGGUGGGAUCUAAAUUCUACAGAGCCUGAGUCUCGCUUUCCCCAAGCCAAGCAGAGUCAACUGUUACUUCAUCGACUAAUGGGACUAAAAGCUGAUGGUGUUCAGUUAAAAAUAGCCAGCGGAAUCCCACAGUCUCCAGAGCUCAUCCUGCUCUCUCACUACGGUGCUGAAGUGCAUGAUCUGAACAUGACAGCCCUCACCAGAGGCCACCUCCUUUCCUCCUUCUGGGUGGUGGACAGAAAGCACUUGUACAUUGGCAGUGCUAGCAUGGACUGGAGAUCUCUGUCUAAGCUGAAGGAGCUGGGCGUCAUCAUUUAUAACUGCAGCUGUCUGGUGUUGGAUCUGCACAGGAUUUUCAGUCUGUACUGGCAGCUGCAGUACAGAGACUUUGUUCCAGCUAUAUGGUCCAAGAGACUGACCGCUCUCUACAACGAUGAAAAAACUCUGUCGUUUUCUCUAAACGGCACCAACGCGGAUGCCUACUUUUCAAGUUCACCAAACCUCUUCUGCCCAAAGAAUCGGACCAGGGACAUUGAUGCCAUUGCCCAAGUCAUUCUAGAUGCCAAGCAGUUCAUCUACAUCUCUGUGACAGAUUAUCUGCCCUUAAUUAGACUCAACAGGAACAAGUACUGGUCCCGUAUUGAUGGCGUUCUGCGUGAGGCUUUGAUUCUGAAACGCAUCAAAUUGCGUUUGCUGAUAAGCUGCAGGGAACAAACGCACCCGCUCACCUUCAACUUCCUGUGGUCUCUGCAAAAUCUUUGCACGAACACGGCCAACUGCUCUGUGGAGGCCAGAUUCUUUAGUCCACAAGUGCUGGAUGAUGGAUCUCCCCUCGGCAUCAACCAUCACAGAUACAUGGUGACAGAUAACUCUGUGUACAUAGGAAACUUAGAUUGGGUCGGGGAUGAGUUUUUGUACAACGCAGGAGCAGCACUUGUGGUAAACCAGCUGAAAGGUGUGAUGGAGAGAAACUCCACACUGGUGGCACAGCUGAGGAGGGUGUUUGAUAGAGAUUGGCGCUCUUCUUACGCUAAAUCUCUCCAACCGAACAAGAUUCCCACCUGCAGCACAAACUCUGUCUUUCCCAGUGACACGUUAAAAAGUCGUACAGGUCAUGUAGAGCAGGGAGAGAGUCCAAACGCCUCACUGUAAGGCCUGCUUUAUAAUAAAUGGCGUGA